AUGGCAGCAGCGCCGGCCAAGACUGGCCCCUGUGGUACAGAUCGGCUUGGAGACCCUUCUCCAGACGCGAGCGGUGCCCGAGUCAGGCCCGAAAAGCCCAACUCCUUUCCCGCCCUGCCAAAGGGCUCGUCGGUUGUCGUCUUGCCCAUCCACCUCGGCCUGACGGGGGGUGAGACGACCCUCCUGUCAUGGUUGACUGGUCCUGGCUUCCCGCACGACCUCGUUCUCCAGGCAACCUGCAUGUCUCCAUGGCGUCUGGUGGCAAAAGAUCGCGAUGACAACUGCCGGCCGCCUGCAGACUCCGAGGCCGGAAGGCUCUGGCGAGAUCGGCCCGAUGGAAUCGACGAAGAGGAGGCCAUAGUAACCGGAAGCGGGUCAGGAGGGCGAAAUGAGGAGUCGAAGGAGGAUUCGAAGGAUGAGUCGAAAGAGGAGGUGAAUGAGGAGGAGAGUGAGGAAGAGGAGAAGGAGGACGAGAAUGAAGACGAGGACGAGGAGGAGGGUUGGAUCCAAGUGUCUCCCGUCUUGACAACAGUCGUCCAGUUGGUGCAUUUCCUGCGUCUGCCGGCCUCGAAGCGUCUCUUGUUGCCCUGCCUCCUGGAUCCGGACUGCCUGUUUGCCGGACUCAUCUCGUCGCUGUGGUCCACCCUCGGCGCCGACUGCUACGAGAUCACCGCCGCCUCGACCGAGGCCCAACUCCAACAGGCCAAGUGA